CGUCAUAAGACACUUUUAACGUUUAUUUCCGUUAAAAAUGACACCAUUGAUCUAAAGGAAGCUGUGGCUUACUCUAGCUCAAAAGAGCUGGACAGUCACACACAUCAACACUGAAUAAAUAGGAAGUUAUUUAGCCGAUGGUGGAGUUUCACAUCACUUUACUACAGAUCAGCGUCACAGUAGCUCAAGAGUUUGUCUCUUCAUAUUUGUGGACUGAAAACCGUUCAAGAUGUUAGACAGAUUUUGGUUCUGUUUGUGUUUGUGGCGACUUGCUGGUGUGUUUGGUGAUUCAGAUGCAGUGAAGAUGGUGAUGGAGGGAGAUUCAGUCUCUCUAGAAUCUGGUGUUACUGAAAUACAGACAUAUGAUCUGAUAACAUGGACAUUUGGACAUCCAGAGACUCGUAUCGCUCAAAUCAAUAAAGAGGCUGGCAUCUUCUCCACAUAUGAUGGUCCUAAUGGUAGAUUCAGAGACAGACUGAAGGUGAAUAAUCAGACUGGAUCUCUGACCAUCACAAACACCACAACCACAGACUCUGGACUUUAUCAAAUAAUUAUCAGCAGCAGGAGAAAGACCACAUUCAAAUUCAAUGUUACUGUCUCUGCUCAUCUGCCUGUUCCUGUCUUCAGCAGAAUCUUUUCUUCAUCAUCAUCAUCAUCAUCUUCAUGUUCACUGCUGUGUUCAGUGGUGAAUGUGAGUCAUGUGACUCUCUCCUGGUACAAAGGAAACAGUUUAUUGUCCAGCAUCAGUGUGUCUGAUCUCAGCAUCAGUCUCUCUCUACCUCUGGAGGUGGAAUAUCAGGAUAAAAACAGCUACAGCUGUGUGCUCAACAAUCCCAUCAGCAACCAGACUCAACAUCUGGACAUCACUCAGCUCUGUCACACAUGCUCAGACUCUACUGAAGCUGUGAUCCGAUUGGUCGUCACUGCUCUGGUGGGCGUGGCCGCUGCCGCUGCUGUUGUUGUGCUGGUUUAUGACAUCAGAUCCAGAAGAGAUGAACAGAACUUUUGA